AUGCUGAGAGCCUUUGUGCAAGUCGUGGCCCGGGCGGUAGUCGCUGUUCUCGAGGCGCUGAUCUGGGUCGUGGCGAGGAGCAGGGCGGCGGAGAACAUGUUUCUUGCAGGCAACUUUGGCCCCGUGGACGAGACGGCCCAGCCGCUGGCGCUUGACGUGACGACCGGCAACAUGCCUGCAGCGCUGGUGGGCACGGUCUUUGCUCGCAACGGCCCCAAUCCAGCAGUCCAGCCGCGCGCCGGCUACCACUGGUUCGACGGCGACGGUAUGGUGCACUCGGUCAAGAUCGAGGCGGCUGACACGGUUACGUACGCCUGCCACCAGCUCCGCACGCCGCGGGCGGUGGCUGAGAUGACUGCCGGCAAGCCGCUGGCGACCAAGAUUGGCGACAUGCAGGGCGCGAUGGGCCUUGUCGCUCUGCUGCUGGCCAAGGUUCGUGGCGUGGCGGGUGUUACCACCGCCCACGGCUCACUCGGCACAGGCCUCCGCGCAGCUACCAACAACACGGCGCUUGUCUACCACGCCGCCCGCUUCCUCGCACUCGUUGAGAACGGGCUCCCAUUCUCGCUCGGGUUAGCCGACAACGCUGUCACUUCGCAAGACCACUUUGACUUUGAUGGCGCGCUAGACCACGAGAUGACGGCGCAUCCCAAGAUCGACGCGGCCACUGGCGAGAUGUUCUUCUUCGGCUACGCGCUCGGCGGCCCGCCGUACGCCUACUAUGCCUCGGUCACCGCUCAAGGCGUCAAGCGACCAUCGGUCGCCAUCGACCUCCCGCGGCCGGUCAUGAUCCACGACAUGGCGGUGACGCCCAGCUUUGGGCUCAUCCUCGACUUGCCGCUCGUCUUCCGCCCGGCCGACAUGGUGACCAAGGGAGGCAUACCAUUUGUGUUUGAUCGUGCGUGCGGCGCGCGCAUUGGGCUUAUGCCACGGACUGCAGAGCCCGGCUCUGUCCCGCGCUGGUUCGAUGUCGAGCCGUGCUUUGUCUUUCACACCGCCGCGGCUUGGGAAGUGGACGGCGGCAGAGUUGUGGUCCUCGUGGCACUCCGCUAUCCGAACUUUGACCUCAACGUCCUUGGUGAUGCCGGCGACCCGGACCGGCUGUCAGCGCUCUCAGCCUACCUUUACGAGUGGCGGCUUGAUGUGAGGACGGGCGCGGUCACGGAGCGUCCGCUACUGCCGAACGUUCCGGCCGAGUUCCCGAUCGCCGCGCCGCGGACAGUCGGCGCGAGCUCGCCGCCCGAGUACGUGUACCUAGCGCGGCGAUCGGCCGAGAGUGGGCUCGAGUUUGACGCCAUUGUCAAGUAUCAUCUUGCCUCGGAGCGCAUCGUUGGCGUCAUCGAGUUUGGCGCCGGCAAGUGCGGCGGCGAGGCGGUGUUUGUGCCGCGGUCGGCGUCGGGCAGUGGUGCUCCCGAGGACGAUGGCUUCCUUCUCACCUUUGUCUACGACGAGGUGAGCGAGACCUCGACGUUUGCUGUGUACUCGGCAGCAGACAUGACCACAAUUCCAAUGGCAUCGGUCGAACUCGGCGUCCGGGUUCCAUACGGCUUCCACGGCCUCCAUCUCGGACUCGGCGCCGUGAGCGCGCUUGCCAACGGCAACAGUUGA